GCCCUGAACUGCAAGUCCCAGCGGCCCCCGCGCGGAAGGGAGGUGUCGUACCGGAUGUCCGUUACGGCUGCGGCCCGGAGAGCAGCCUGAAGCCGGGGUUUUGGAAGUCAUUCAGUCUCCGCGGGACCCCGGCGAUCGGGGAGAUCGGGGUGGGGGCUCUACCCCGAAGGAUCACCAUGAUCCGGUUCAUCCUCAUCCAGAACCGAGCAGGCAAAACUCGCCUGGCCAAGUGGUACAUGCAGUUUGAUGAUGAUGAGAAGCAGAAGCUGAUUGAAGAGGUCCACGCCGUGGUCACCGUCCGGGAUGCCAAGCACACUAACUUUGUGGAGUUCCGAAACUUCAAGAUCAUUUAUCGCCGUUACGCUGGCCUCUACUUCUGCAUCUGUGUGGACGUCAAUGACAACAACUUGGCUUACCUAGAGGCCAUCCACAACUUCGUGGAGGUCUUAAAUGAAUAUUUCCACAAUGUCUGUGAACUGGACCUGGUCUUCAACUUCUACAAGGUAGGGUCGCCUGGGGCUGAGGGAGCCAGGUCACCCUGGCCCAGAGAGCCGGGCCCUCCUCCUGCUGGGACAUCAGCCCUGGCUCACUGUCUCCCUCUCCAGGUUUACACCGUGGUGGAUGAGAUGUUCCUGGCUGGGGAGAUCCGAGAGACGAGCCAGACGAAGGUGCUCAAACAGCUACUGAUGCUGCAGUCCCUGGAGUGAGGGCCCAGGAGGUGCCCAGCCCGGGACACCCGCCCCACCCCCUGCCCUGCCCCUCUGGCCUCUCCCCCUGAGCCCCACAGAUGCUCUGAGUUGACCGUCUGGGACGGUGGGACCACACCCUGGCCGGGAUCAGGAGGAGGGGAGCCCCCUGUGUGUGGUGCCAUAGACCCUUGUAACCCUGCUGCCGUGGCAGUGACGCUGUGAGCAUGUGAGUGAGUGAGAGUGAGUGUGCGCGUGUGCGUGUGUGUACACAUAUGUAUGUACCUGGAGUUCCCAAUAAAGUUGUGGACCUGGCCUGCC